CAAAAUAGGAACCAGUACUGAAACACUCACUUUGGACUCCCUCUUCGUUUGAAGGGUCAUAAUGGAGCCUGUAUUCACAAGUAUGAGGCUAAAGGUUGCCGUGCUGUGGAUUCUAACAACUCUGCUGAAGACAGAUGUGAUGGAGGCGCUGGACAUAACAUCUUCAGGGCCACAAACCAUUAAAAAGCCCCUGGGGGCGACAGUCAACCUGGGGUGCACCUACACCCCCAGCCCCCAAGACACAGGCGACUUGGACAUCGAGUGGUCCGACGUCAGCCCGGACAUGACGCAGAAAGACCAACUGAUGAUGUCCUAUACAGGGGGUCAGACGCACUACUACGGCGCCCCCAGCCGCUCCAAAAGGAUCCGCUUCAUAGGGGACCCCAAGUUGGGGGACGCCUCCGUCUCCAUCUCGGACGUGAUGCUCUCAGACACAGCCACCUACCUGUGUAAAGUGAAGAAGGCGCCGGGUGUUGACACACGGAAAGUCACUCUGGUGGUAAUGGUUCCCCCCUCAGUGCCAAAGUGUUGGGUUGAUGGUGGCGAGGAGAAAGGGGGGCCUGUCUCCCUACGCUGUCAAUCGUAUCGAGGAUCCAGUCCUCUCACUUAUACGUGGACGAGAGAGAGCGGGGGUGCACUGCCAGUCACUGCAACCCAAAACCAGCAGUCUGGGGAGCUGUUGAUAAGUAACCACACAGAAAACAACGUUGGAAGUUAUGUGUGUGAGGUGAAAAACGCUGUGGGCAAAGAACAGUGUAAAUAUGAGCUGCAUGCAUACAACCCAACCAAUAAGGUGGGUGUGAUAGUCGGGGCGGUGAUCGGGGCUCUGCUGCUGCUGCUGCUCCUGCUGUUUCUCAUCUGGCUCCUGAUCUGCUGCUGCCACAAGCGUCGCUAUGAGAAGGAGGUCGCCAAUGAAAUAAGGGAGGACGUCCAGGCCCCAGACAGCCGACCCACCAGCAGGAACUCCAGCCUUCGCUCAGUCAUGGGGUACCGCACUCACCCCGGGGUGGUGUACAGCUCCGUGAGGAACCACCCGCAGAAUAGCAGUGCAAUCUACACGAGAGGCAAUGAUGGGACGUCACCACCGGCCAUUGCAGGGGACAAAUCUGCUCAGCUCCAGUACGACCAUAAAUACGGGUACCCUGUGUAGCGGCACAGACUUUCUGUCUUUGGUAUAAAGCUGAAGAAGAGACUUGUAAAGAUUCUUAUCGUGUCUUGUAAUGAAUGUACAGUAUGUUUGUGACAAAUUGUGCAAUACAAUAUAUUUAACUGGAGAACAAUGGGAGUGUUGGUAUACAACUACUGGGGACUCUUACCACAGCCUUUUGACAAAUAUAAAUCUGCAACGGGUUUGACUUUCAUGCUGAUCUGAUUUUACGCACAACAACACUAAUGUAAAAGCCACUCAACCGAAACACAACCAGAAGUGAGCAACAACGGAUGUCGACAAAGACAAUCGACAGUCCGUGCUUCCUUUUUGGGAGCUCCAAGCACCUGCGCCCUAACACCUUAAAUAGACAAGCAUCCAUAUUUUAGCGGUGACUGACUUCAAUGGGUUUUCACAAAUGAGAGCUCACUUGACCACAGUGAGUAACUCUGCGUGUUUCAUUGUCGACAUGUGUGGCUUUUGUAGUUGUGUUAUGGCUUUUACAUUCGUGUUUUGCGUGCGAAACAAGUGCACUUGUGUGAGACGUCUCGGCCACUGCCUAUGUAAAUAAGAAUAGUUCUCAUAAUCAAAGUCAUUGUUACACGGAUCAUUAAUUAAGCUACAACUGUUUGUGAAUGUUGUAUUAUUUGUAAUAACUUGUAUUAUUUUUUAAAUUUUUUUUCUAUCAUGCAUAUGCAGCUCAAUUGGUUGAGUACUUUUUUAAAUAAGAUAAGUAAGAACAAAACACAGUAGAACAAUGUUUGAAAGAUGCAGGAUGUGACAGCUGUGAAAACUAUUUUUAGCAUCAUAAUAAAAUCAGACGUUUUGUUUUGACAUGCAAAAUAAAGUUAUAAAGACCGAC